AUGGACACAACUGUAAUUGGAAAUCGUACUGGUUCGAAUUUAGAUAUAAUUCAACGAAUUGAUCGAUUAAUUACAUUUUUAUUCCAUUUAUUUUUUCAAAAAAAAUUUCUUGUCCAUCGUCUUGUUGGCCUUCUUUAUCUUAUACAAUAUGCAUUAUGUUUUUAUUGGUAUUGUAAAAAUUAUGAAACAUUUAAAGAAUCAUUUUUAAUUUGGAGUUUACCAUUAACUGGCCUUAUACAAUCAAUAAUAGCAACAUUAACAUUUACAUUUUUAUCACGUACGAAAAUUGAUCCAGGUUAUUAUUCGGAUCGUGGAACAUUAUCAUAUGCAUUUAUUGUAGAAAAUACAUUUUUUGCUGGCUUACUUCUUUUUCAAUGGCUUUAUUAUUCGGAUUUUUUUUAUUACUACAUUAAUAAUUCAAUUAUAAUUGAUAAUCUUAUUGUAUUCUUACCAUAUAUAUUACGUCAAUUAUGGCCAAAAACACAUUUUCGUGAUUCAUUAAAAAAUUCCGAUAAAAACAAAACAACACCAAAUAGAAAAUUUUAUAUCAUCGUAACAAUCAUAACAAAAGUUUUUUACGUUUGGGCUAAACAUUAUAUUGGAUAUUUUCUUAAUUAUAUACGUUUUUUUGAUCUUGCUAAUUCACAACAAAUUUCAUAUAUUUAUUUAUUAUUAAUAUUUAGUGCAUUUGCUACAACAAUAUCUGUUUUUUUACAUACAUUAAAAUUUAAAGGUUAUAUUGGUCCUCGAACAUCAUAUAUUAUUUAUAUGGCAUCAUAUUUAGCAACAUUUUAUUCUUUUAUACAAAUUCGAGAUAUAUUUUUCAUUCAUUAUGAUCUGGCCAUCUAUGUUUUAAUUGGUGUAGUUAUAAAUUUUCAAUCACUCUAUUAUCAACAUAUAUAUCAAAUAAUAUUACUUAUUUUAUUUAAUUCACAUAAAUUCCAUUUAAUUCCAACCAAUAUUGAUCGACUUGAUUUUCAUCCAAUAUACGAUCGUGAAAACAUUCAAUACAUUACAACUUAUUUUUGUUUAGAACCAUAUUCAAUCAAGGAAAAUGUUAAUAUUUGGUUUGGAGAUCAACCGUGUGUUUCUAUGGAUCAAUCAAUGCUAAUUUAUGAAUGGUAUCAUAAUAUACCUUCUAUUCAAUGGCCUAAAGAUGCUGGUUUUCGUGUAGGAGCAAAUACUUUACAUCGAUAUAUUGUUAUUAACAUUAAAUACUUUUCAUCUAUAAGUAAUAAUAUCUAUGGUGAACAUGUCACUAUGACUCGUAAAAAACCAAAAUAUCAGAUAGGAACGUAUGAAAUAUCGACAAAUGCAUUUCAAUUUCAAAGAAAUUUUGCUGAUUUUUCUUGUCAAUAUCAUUCAUCAUCGAUGGAAGUAUUUUCUGCUCUAUUGUUUUCAAAUCCUGAAGGGAAUCUUCAUUGGCCACAAACUUUUUAUCAACUACAAAAUUCAAUCGAUAUUAAAGCUCGGGAUUAUUUAAUUGGAACUUGCAUUUAUGAAGAUAAAUAUAAAUUACCUAUUGAAUCGCGUGAUCAAAUUUGUGAAGUUACAUUGCUGUUUUAUAUGAAACAAGAUGAUAAAAUACCAUUAGAAACCUGUGAAAAUAAUCGUUUUCGUGACAUUGCUGACGAAUAUCUUCCAGUUGAUAUCGAUAUACCAAAAACAUUGUUUGAUAUUAAUUCAAUGUAUCCAAAUAAAACACCCGAUGAAUGGGCAAUUAUGAAUAGAAAUAUAUCAUCAUUAACUUUUGAAUCAAACGUCGAUCAUGCAAAUAUUUCUGAAUCAAAUACUGAUCAUGCAAAUAUAUUAUAUUUGACAUAUACAAACAUUAAUAAUUAUCACGAAAUCGUUGUUCUUAUACAUUCUCAUAAACUAUUAUUUAUAUUAUUGAUAUGGAUAUUAUUAUUAAUCGUUGGACUUUUUAUAUUAUUAAUUGUUAUUCUUCGUACACGCAAAUAUAAAAUAUAUAUUUCAACAAAUAAAAAACGAACAACAGCAAUUGCAAUUGGUGGUGAAACAGGUUCAUUAAGUGGAUGGCUUACAAAACGACGAUUUCAACAAUAUGGAGAUGAUGGUAAUACUAUUGAAAAUGAACCAUUAACAACAAAACAUCGAUGGACUUCAGACAGUGAAGAUAGUGAUUUAUCUGAAACAGAAGUUCAUAAUUCAACUGAUUUUCGAAAUGUUGUACUUAGAAAUUAA